GCGUACGCUUCCCAAGGGGGAAGUCGAAUGAGUCGGACGGUUUAAUAUUCCACAGUCCGCAGUUUUCCUCCGGCUGAGAUGUGAGAGAACGGCCCCCGACUUGCAGCUCAAAUUAUUAUGUCUUCAACGCCAUAAUGAGCAAGACAUUAACGGACCGUGGUUCCCUGCCCCUCUCCUCGCUCCGUCUCAUCGUCCCUCCCCUGCAGCUGCUGUCCGCGGCUCUGUGGCAGGUAGUGAAGCAGGGCGCCGUGAUGUACUACGGUCUGCUGGAGGAGUUCGUCAGCUCCGUGCUGGACACGGUGCCCGGGCUGCUCGCUCACGCCGAGCGAGUGCAGCUCGUUGUGGGCUUACGUGCACGGGUGGUGCUAGAGUGUGGCCGCAGUGAGGGUUUCGCCAGCCCACAGGCCGUCCAGCAUCAUCUGAGCAGAAUGAACGCCUACAUCACAAAACAGGAAGAAACUUCCAGCUCUGAGGUAAAAGCAUCAGUGACAAACUUCCUGAAGCUUGUUCACACACUAGUGGAUGAUCACUGCCAAAGGGAUAUAUUUUAUCAGAAAAUCUUCCCAACAGUGUUUGGCCCCAAAUAUGACUCAGCUCUGGAGGCUCUGAUGAGAAAGUUCCUCUUCAAUCUUCAGAAGCUGUUGCCUGUUCCCAAUCUUGAACAAACUUCCCUUUGGCUCAGUCUCUCCCCUUCUGUCUUGAAAGAGUGUGUAGACUUCAUGAAACAUCCCGAGCUCCUGAAUACACUUAUUCAGCAUCACAAACAUCACGGGCAUGAAGUUCCACAAGCUCUGUCUUCCUCUGGCGAUGACUGCAUUCUUUCCAGCCUGUCCUAUCACCUGCCAAAAGUCAACAAUGAUGAAGGAGACAAAUUUGUCAUAUCUGGAUCUGUGUGUAUCGGUGACGACUGGCACACGGACAACUCGAUUGGGAGUGAGUCUGCAAAGGAUGAAGAAGAAAACUUUGAGGAGAUAAAACCAGAAGUGGCGAGGAAUGUGCAGAGAAACGGACAGCAGCAUACUGAUGAUGUGACUGAAUACGAAGGAGCCUCUGUCGAAGUAACACUUGAACCUUUUGACGAAAGUGAGUCUAAUGAUGAUGAUGGCGACGGCGUCCUGGACAAAAAAUGGUUGCCACAUUUAAAAGCUCACAACAGGACUUCCUCGCGAACAUUCAAGUGUCUUGCUUGUGGCCGGGAUUUUGGUUCCAUUAGUAAACUAAAAAGGCACAAGGUUACCCAAUGCAGUUGUUUGAUGAACAGACGGGUUCAGUCAGAUUCUUCAAGCCAAAGUAGAUUUUUUACCAAGAUUAAAUUGCAUCCUAAACCUAAGAUUAUCGCCCAGAGAAGUGAGGCUGAGCUUCCGUUGGCAGGGCUCUCCGCUCACAACCCAUCAGAUACACGUAGCCUUUCAAACUUUGAGGCAAACGAUGACUCGAGUCUCGUUUGUCGUUCCUGUGGCAAGGUUUUCACUUACCCCAAGAAUUUUGACAAACACCAGAGGAUUUGUGCGGUUAGUAGUAAAAGACAGAUGCAGACAAAUCCACAGUGUUCUACAGCCUCGGCACAUCACUCCCAAUCAAACCCUGUUGAUAAGACCAAAGUAGCUUUGCUUAGUGAAAGCAAUACUGAACCUUCAGGUGAUGCUCCCCUGGAGACGUUGUCUUCUGACUCGGGUAAGAGAAGCAGCCGUGUCAAAAAAUGCUCUGUGUGUGGUCAAAUAUUUACGUGUUCUGCCGACUCGACAAGGCACAUGAGGAGCCACAUUGACACAAGCCAAAACUUUGACAGCUAUAACGAUUGUGAGACACAUGAGGGUCAGUGCAGGGUUUCAAACCAAGGCCCCAAAGAAAAAGAUGAAUUCAUGCUUGAGAAUUCUUCAAGAAACUCAACGAAAAGGAAUCUGGAGGAUACUCUGGUGUCUGUCGCAGAUACACCUGCCAACACUCGGUCUGUGCGGGAUUGUAAAUCACCUCUGACGUGUAAGGAGUGUGGCAAGGGAUUUUCUUAUUACAAGAAUUUUGAGAAGCACCAGAGCAAAUGUUACAUGACACGCCCUGGAAGGAAAAUGCGAACAACCAACACUAACCAUUUUGUUAUCAACGGGUGUUUCCAGUCAGCUGACAACACCGAUGAGAGCUGUGCCGAGACAAGUUCUGAUACCAAUGAAAGAAAACCAGAAACACGUCCGAGCCCCACAGGCGACUCCCAGACCGAGUCUUGCAACAUCAAGUGCACCAUGUGUGAGAAGAACUUUUCAGAAAUCGUCCCCCUGAGAAGACACUAUGCCAAGUCGCACAAAGUUAGAGGCUCGUACCCUUGUCAGUCGUGUAGGAGAACUUUUGUGAGGCUCUGUGAAUUGGUUCGACAUCAGCAGAACAAAAAACUGUACCAGUGCUCCACCUGUAAGAAGUGUUACACAAAGCCAGGACUAUUGGAUGAUCACCAGAAAGUCCACGCCGCCAGCGUGACGGCAAGCAUUUGUGAAACAUGCGGCAAAAUCUUCAAAUCGCUCACUUAUCUGAUUCUGCACCAGAGCAAGCACAGAGAGAAACAGCCUAGUGUCUGCUCCUACUGUGGUAAACAGUUCAGCACAAAAGACUGCCUGAAAGCGCAUAUGGUGAGGCACACGGGUGGGUACCCAUGCCCCGUAUGCGGAAAGAAAUUCAAUCAGAAAACGUACCUCAAAUGGCAUCUGUACAAACACACAGGCCAGGAGCCGUACCUCUGCGACACGUGCGGGAAAGGCUGGCCGAGCGCCGCGCAGCUCAGGGUCCACAUGGUUCAACACACGGAGGAGAGGCCGUUCAAGUGCCAGGACUGCGGCGUGUGUUACAAGAGGCGGUCGCACCUGAUGGCUCACCGCAGCGAGAAGCACAUCAGGCUGCGGCCAUUCGUGUGCGAGAUCUGCAGCAAGGCCUUCCGGUUGAACAACGUGCUGAAGAAACACAUGAUGGUUCACACGGGCGAGAGGCCGUUCACAUGUCCGAAAUGUGGCAAGACAUUCACGAGAAACACUCGGCUCAGGGAGCACAAGGAGAAGACGUGUCUGUGAUUUCACGCUCUCUCUGUGGACUUGUACUGUACGAAUAUUGCUCAUAAUUCAUGUGCUGCGCCGCUACAUUAGGUUCUGUCAUCAGCGUCUCACUGCUGCACACGUGGGAUGACAUUUAUACUGAAACUACAGAUUUAAAAAAUAUGUUUUUCUUGAUUUUGUUAAUAAUUUUCAUUCACUCUUUGACAUAUCCUGACUGCUACAAGGUUUCUCCAAGGCCUACAAGAAGCCGGAGGCUGUACGAUAGAGGGAGAAGGAAACUGACAAUUUGGGUGAGUCUGUGAAAAGACAAGGAGCCAUAUGAUGCUGUCCUCGCUGUUGUGAUGCUUACAGUAGAAAAGUUCUUAAUGAUAAACUUGGUAAACUAUUCAACAGAGUAAUUAUGGGCAAGUAUUUUGAUAAUCGAUAGCAUUUUUUAUUUUUUUUUAAAGCUUAACCGGCUAUUGUUGUAUUUAUUAUUGUUUUGUUUUGUAUUGUUAAAAAAAUACUCUCCUACGUAUUAAAGUCCUGUGAGUAAAAGUACAGCGGUGAAAGCAAAAUUCACUUUCAGCAGUGAUAUGAUGAGUGUUAUAUUACAGUACAUUUAUUGCAUAUUUUUAUUUUAUAUAUCUUAUAUAUAUAUAAAUAUAUAUCAAACCCUU